AUGUCUUCCCCAGCCGAAUCCCGCAUCCAAUCCCAAAAACUCCGCUACUGCCGGUACGCCGACACCCAGCAAUUCCCCCUCCUAACCUCCGUCGUCCUGCCCUCCUGCACCUUCAAGUUCAUCGACUACUUUUCCUCCUCGCCCAUCGUCGAACCGUCCGCCUCCGGGCCCGUGACGCUCGGGUUCGACUCGCUCGCAUCAUGGACAGCCUACUUUUCCGAGAAGUUCAAGGCGCUGCAGACUAUGCACUUGAUUUCGGGGACGGCGGAGUUUACGCAGAUCAGCGAGGACGAAUAUGAGGUUAUUUUUGCCGUCAUUUAUCAUGCGGCGCCGAAGGAAGGGGAGACGGGGUGGCAGGGGGCUGGGGGUGGGCAUUAUUAUGAGAGGUGGGUUAGGGGACUUGAUGAGACGGGACAAGAGGAUUGGUUUAUGAAGAGUUUGAGGUUUGAGAGGUUGUAUUGGAAGUAUGUGGAGUGA